ACUCCCAUUCCUAGGGGAUGAAUUUCCUCUUACGUCAUAUUGUUCAGAGUCUGCCGAUUCAGGUCAAGGAGGGGGAGGAAAAAGAGAGAGAAAGAAAAAAAGAGGGCGAGAUAGAGAAAGAAACAGGUUUAAAGUGCCUUAUUUAUAUAUAUUUGAGUUGACUACAUACGGUAUCGAAAGAAAAUAGUUACAUAAAAAUUAAGAAAAUCGUCUUCGAAGCUUCGUGUACAUUAUGGAAACCUUCUGCGAAGCGUGACGUGACAGUGUUAAAGUGGGAGAGUGGACGCGAGAGUUUUAGACUUGGAGUACAGUAAUUACAUCAGAAAAGACAACACGGAAAAGUUUCCUUGAAUUAAAGAUUUGGCCAAGCAGCAGGCCUCGCGGUGUGUCUCCGCAACAGGUUUCAUCAUCGAAACUCGCUGUAGCAGGGAUCGCUGAGAUUAAAAGAGCAAAGUGAUUUUCCAACCGGAGAAACCACAUUAACAAAGCGAAGGAAAUUUGUGGACGAAGACGGCUUAUUUUUUUUUUUUUUGGUGUCUAUGAGACCAUUUUGUAUUUUAGUCCGCAUUUCUGGUGAUUAAUCUGGGAAACUAUUACUUUUAAAUGCGGUACGAAGGCAAAAUGAUGCCGAUGUUUCUUACCGUUUACCUCAGUAAUAAUGACCAGCAUUUUACAGAGGUACCAAUUACACCUGAGACAACAUGCCGUGAUGUGGUUGAUCUGUGCAAGGAACCUGGAGAAACUGAAUGCUACUUGGCAGAGAAGUGGCGAGGUUCAGAGCGUGCUAUUGCUGAUAAUGAAAGAAUGCGUGAUAUUCUACAAAAGUGGGGUCAGCAAAGAACAGAAGUUAGAUUCUUUCUUAGACAUGAAAGACCACCUUUCAGAGAAUCAGGUGUAACAAGGCCUCAAGAUCAGUCUGUCAAAAGGAAUGGUGCGAAAAACACUGCAGAAAAGAAAAUGGAAAAUGGAGUAGGAGGUCCUCGGAUGGAUAUGACAUUAACUGAGCUGCAAGAGAUGGCAUCACGGCAGCAGCAACAAAUUGAAGCCCAACAGCAGCAACUGGCCUCCAAGGAGCAAAGACUGCGUUUUCUUAAACAGCAGGACCAGCGGCAACAACUGGUUUCUGAGCAGGAGAAACUGCUAAAGCUGCGAGAAAUUGCUGAGAACCAGGAAGCUAAGCUGAAGAAAGUCAGGGCCCUUAAAGGGCAAGUGGAGCAAAAACGUCUUAGCAAUGGAAAACUUGUGGAAGAGAUUGAACAAAUGAACAGUCUGUUCCAGCAGAAACAGAGGGAACUGGUUCUGGCUGUGUCCAAAGUUGAAGAACUUAGUAGACAACUGGAAAUGUUAAAAAAUGGAAAGAUCGAUAGUUUGCAUGAUAAUCAGAGUGCUGUUGCAGAACUUGACAGACUGUACAAGGAGUUACAGUUAAGGAACAAACUGAACCAAGAACAAAAUGCUAAGUUACAACAACAACGUGAAUGUCUAAACAAGCGCAACUCUGAGGUAGUAUUAAUGGACAAACGAGUGAAUGAGCUCCGUGACCGUCUCUGGAAGAAAAAGGCUGCUCUCCAACAAAAAGAAAAUGUACCGCUGGCGAUCCGCUGCUGUCAGGACUGGAUGGAAGACCUAGAAAAAAAGACGGCACAGAAGACGGUUCCAUCAGAUGGCACUACACCUCAGCAGACUGGAUUGUCGCAGAGCAGAGUGGCAGCAGUUGAACCUUAUAUCCAAUCCUGGCCCCGUGGCACAUCCAAACCAGAGAUUAACAAACCUGCUUACACCGAUGGCAAUGCAAUGCUGCCCACUCAGGAUGGUCCUCUAAAAGUUCAGCUCCAACCAAGUGGAAAAUCAGGUGGUGUUUCAUUGUCUAAGCUGAUUCCUGGUGAAGACGAAGUAACGAUGAGAGACAAAGGCAAGCAAACCCGUCCAUAUUCUAUGUUUGAAUCAACUGAUGCUUCCUCAAGUGUGCCACCUGCAGGAAAUCUACGAAAAAACCAGAGUACUGAGAAUCUUCUACAGGAAGCACAGAAUGCUCCAAAAUUACCUGUGAAAAUUCCUCCUCCUGUCCCAAUCAAACCAAAAGGUCCUCUUUACAUUUCAUCAGGCAAACCAAUUAUGGUAGACAAGCCAGGUAGCCAGCAAACUCCUGCCUUAAUCACUGGAACAUUUCCUUUUAAAAGCAAACCUGUACAGCAGCCACCUACGCCCUCUGUGCCAAAUGAGCAAAGAAACUCCCCUCCAAUAUUACAGCCUUCUGCACUUCAGAGUCACACUCUUCCUCUGCCUUAUAAACAUGAAGCUCCUCCAGCUGCUGCUGUCCGACCUUUUACACCCCAGUUGCCAGCAAAGGAUGCGUCGAUAUCAUACCGCAAACCUCAGACUGGAACUGCCAGUUCCAUUUACAGCAUGUACACACAACAUCAAGUAACACCAAGUAGCAAAAUCCAGCCAGCUAUAAAGAAUCCUCCACCUCGAGCAAUCACAUAUGGUAAACCCAUGAUCCCUGGCACCAGCACUUCAUCUUUGCAUCUUUUACAAAGUCAAGAUAUGAACCAGGACCAGAGGGAUGGUGUCGACUUCGACUUUGAGCGUGGUGGGAACAAUUCAGUAUCUGAAACAGAGCGUAGUCCUAGACCUCUCAGCCCUACCAAACUUUUCCCAUUUCUUAACCAAAACGACUUGGAAGUGAGGAGGAGAUUGUUUAAUAUUCCAAGGCCUUUAAAGAAACGAAGUUCCAUUACAGAACCUGAGGGACCUAAUGGUCCCAACUACCCAAGGGUGCUUUACAAAAAGCCUCCAUUCUUCCAGCCAAAUACGGUAGCAGCAGAGGAAGUUAGCACAGCAAAACAAAGUGAAGAAGUCACAGAGACAGUUGGUGAACCUCCAUUGGUAGAUGUUAAACAGAAUGAAGAUGCUUUGGUAGAUGUUUCACUAAGUGAAGGGAUGAGUCAUGAAAAAGAAAACAUACCAGAAGAGGAUGAAGACUUUGUGCCCCCACCUCCUUCGCGUCCUGCUCCAGUGCCUGAAAUUAUGCAGGGAGCACUUAAUCCAUUGCCUUUCACCCAAGAAGAUGAAAAUAGCCUAAGUGCCCCUCAGCCUUAUGAAAUUCUUACAGAGGAAUACCCUCCAUACCCACCCCCUCCUUAUCCUAUAACCGGGGAUACAGAGAGUCUAGGAGAUGACUCCUUCAGCAUGCGCCCCCCAGAGAUCACUGGCCAACUGACACUUCCACCGGGUAAAAGAACAAAUCUAAGAAAAGCCAAUUCAGAGAGGAUAGCUCACAAUAUGAGGGUGAAAUUUAACCCACUUGCUCUCCUGCUUGAUUCAUCACUUGAAGGGGAAUUUGACCUUGUGCAAAGAAUAAUAUAUGAGGUUGAGGAUCCAAGCCAGCCAAAUGAUGAAGGCAUCACAGCCCUUCAUAAUGCUGUUUGUGCAGGUCAUACAGAGAUUGUCAAUUUCCUUGUCCAGUUUGGUGUGAAUGUCAAUGCAGCAGAUAGUGAUGGAUGGACCCCACUUCAUUGUGCAGCCUCUUGCAAUAAUGUACAAGUUUGCAAAUUCCUUGUUGAGUCCGGAGCAGCUGUAUUUGCAACAACAUAUAGUGACAUGCAAACAGCUGCUGAUAAGUGUGAAGAACUGGAAGAAGGAUACAGUCAGUGUUCCCAGUUUCUCUAUGGUGUUCAAGAAAAGAUGGGCAUUAUGAACAGAGGAGUAGUUUAUGCCCUGUGGGACUAUGACUGCCAGAAUGACGAUGAGUUUCAGUUUAAAGAGGGUGACUGUAUGACAGUAGUGCGACGAGAGGAUGAAGAUGAGACAGACUGGUGGUGGGCACGCCUUGCAGAUCAGGAGGGAUACAUUCCCCGCAAUUUGCUUGGGCUAUAUCCUAGAAUCAAACCAAGACAAAGAACUCUGGCAUAGGUGGAAUGAAGGCCUAAAUUAG